AUGUCUACCAGACAAGAAAUCAAAGUCUCAGAGAAAAGAAAAAGACUUUCUGCCAGGAUUGACAAAUUCCAUGGCACCAGCCAGGCAUUUCUCAAAGGUUUGGAGGUGGAUGAUGUCUUCAUACCCCAGGAUGAUCCAGCAUUCCUUGGGCAAGGUGAAGAAAUUGAUGACAAUGGAGAGUACUGGGAAGAUGAUGAGGAUUGGGAGGCUACAGAAGAAGGAGAGGAGCUACCUGCUGAGCUCAUGAGUAUAUGGAUGCCCUCAUCCAUUGGAGCAACCAAACUGAUGGAGCUUGGCCUUCAUGACCUCCUCAAAGAAGAAAUGGAACUCAGGAUUGGGCAAGCUAAUGAUUGUCUAGACCAGCUCUGA